UUGCCUUGUGAGUCCCGUGAGGGAGUGCGCAAUGACCCGCAACGUCCCCGUCUCUCUAUGUGAGAGCAUAGCUCAGAGAAAAGGCUGCCAAUUGGGAUAAAAUCUUCCUGGUAUUCCCAAAAAAAAAAAAUACUCUUUGAAUUCUAUUGGAAAACGAAUAAUGGAGUAAAGAUUUCGGUAGUUGGUCAAAGCGAUCGAUUUCCAUCUCCUUACAGUAGGAGGUCACCUUCCUCUAGGACCGCUUUAAUUAGCUCAAGUGGGACAAAUUGCAAGAAAGAUGAAGUUGAUCAUUGUACUGUUCAUUUUGGCCUCACUGCAACCUUUUGUUGAAUCUGAUCGUCAAGGAGAUGCGUUAAUUGACAUGAAGUUUAAGUUAAAUGCCACGGGCAGUCAGCUUGCUGAUUGGAAUCAAAAUCAAGUCAAUCCUUGCACAUGGAGCUCUGUUUUUUGUGAUAAUAACAAUAAUGUCGUUCAAGUAACACUGCCUAACAUGGGAUUCACUGGAACCUUGUCACCAAGAAUUGGAGAGCUUAACUAUUUAAAUGUAUUGUCAUUGCAAGAUAACAAUAUAACUGGUCAAAUACCAGAAUCAUUUGGAAAUUUAUCUAGUCUGACAAACUUGGAUUUGGAAAAUAAUCGUUUAAGUGGAGAAAUACCAGCUUCUCUUGGCAGGCUUGCUAAGCUUUCGAUUUUGACUCUGAAUCAAAAUAAUCUUACCGGAAAUAUUCCUGAAUCCCUUACAAACCUUUCAAGCUUAAACGACAUUGGUCUAGCUAUCAAUCAUCUUAGUGGUCGGAUACCUGAUCGUCUAUUUCAAGUAGCCAAAUACAACUUUACAGGUAACAACCUAAAUUGUGGCUUAAAUUUUCCACAACCUUGUGCUUCUAAUGUAGCUGGCCAAGGAAGAUCCAGUAAUUCAAAGAUUGGAAUUGUGCUCGGAAGUGUUGGAGGAGUAAUAGGGCUCCUUAUUAUAGGGGUUGCAUUUCUGUUCUGCAAGAGUAGGAGGAAAGGUUAUCGACCAGAAAUUUUUGUAGAUGUUUCAGGUGAAGACGAUCGCAGAAUUGCAUUUGGACAGUUGAAAAGAUUUACAUGGCGAGAACUGCAUUGUGCAACAAAUGAGUUCAGUGACAAAAAUAUUCUUGGACAAGGAGGUUUUGGAAAAGUAUAUAAAGGUGUGCUUCCAGAUAAUACAAAAAUUGCUGUAAAAAGGUUGACUGAUUAUGAAAGUCCUGGAGGGGAAGCUGCCUUUUUACGUGAAGUCGAGAUGAUAAGUUUAGCUGUUCACAGAAAUCUAUUAAGGUUGAUCGGUUUCUGUACAACACCAACAGAACGGCUUCUAGUUUAUCCUUUUAUGCAAAACUUGAGUGUUGCCUACCGCUUACGAGACUUUAAACCUGGGGAACCAGUGUUAGAUUGGCCUACAAGAAAAAAAGUGGCUUUAGGCACUGCACGUGGUUUAGAGUACCUUCAUGAACAUUGCAACCCGAAAAUUAUACACCGUGAUGUUAAAGCUGCUAAUGUCUUGCUUGAUGAGGAUUUUGAAGCAGUUGUUGGCGACUUUGGGUUGGCAAAAUUGGUUGAUGUGAGGAGGACGUCUGUGACAACUCAAGUUCGUGGAACUAUGGGCCACAUAGCACCUGAAUAUUUGUCGACUGGAAGGUCAUCUGAGAAAACUGAUGUUUUUGGUUAUGGGAUCAUGCUUCUUGAACUCGUUACUGGACAACGUGCGAUAGACUUUUCUCGCCUAACGGAAGAAGAUGAAGUACUAUUGCUCGAUCAUGUUAAGAAACUAGAGAGGGAAAAGCGAUUGGAUGCUAUCGUCGAUCCCAACCUACGUACGAAUUAUAGUAGCCGGGAAGUGGAAAUAAUUAUUCAAGUUGCUUUGCUUUGCACCCAAGCUUCGCCAGAGGAUCGUCCUACAAUGGCUGAAGUAGUUCGGAUGCUUGAAGGGGAGGGGCUGGCUGAGAGAUGGGAAGAGUGGCAGCAAAUUGAAGUUUCUCGGAGGCAAGAGUCUGAAAGGGUGCCAAUGAGAUUUGAUUGGGGUGAUGAUUCUUUGUAUAACCCGGAAGCCAUGGAACUCUCUGGUGCAAGAUGACAUGAUGGUGUGUUACAAUCUAAUGGUUGUCAGGAAUG